AUGGCAGACGGCGGCACCGUGGACUCCAACGUCAAGUGUACGGCAUGCACGCGGUGGGCGUGGGUCAAUAAGCUUGGGAUGUACCAGAACACAUGCCUGUGCGGGGCGCCCUUCGGCAACCAGCCGCCGCCUGAUGCUGGGGGCGGUGCCGCCGAGGGCAAGGGCAAGGGUAAGGGCAAGGGCAGUCGUGCUGAGCCGACCCUGGUGGCCCAGCUCACGGCGAUGAUCGCUCAGCGGCCAUCUUCGGCCCAGGCGAAGGCUGCCCACGCGCUGCUGGAGGCGACCCGCGAGGAGACCAAGAAGCAGGAGGCCACCGUCCCCGCGACGCAGCAGGUCACGGCGGCGGCGGCAAAGGUGCAGAGGUGCCAGACCGCCUUCGACAAGGCGCAGGCCGCUAAGCUCAAGCUGACGUUGGAGCUGGAGAAGGCUGGCGCGACGCUUGUGGGGGCGGCGGCGAACCUGGCGCAGGCUGAGCGGGAGCGGGUUCAGCUCUUCCGAACCCUGGUGCCGCCCGACGAGCCUGUGGUGAAUCCGAGCACUACCAUCGAUUUGUCGGCCUUGUUAUCUGAUCAGGUUGUGGAGGAUUCGGCCAUCACCAUCAACCUGGGCGCUGAGUUCUCGAAUGAGGAUGGGGCCCUGGACGCGAGUGUGGCCGAGGAGAUCGACAAACGCAAGAAGGCGGUGUUGGCAGCUCUCGCGCACACUCCAAGGGCUUCCUUCAGCGAGGCUCAGGGGAAGCUCAAGGAACAUCGUGAGAAGCUCUCGGAGGUGCGGGCGACCAUCUCCAAGAAGCGGCGCCAGGGCUCUCCAGGACCACAGCAGGCCCAGGCGCCUGCGGCGGGAGACGCCGCGGCGAGCGCGGCGGGGCCUGCGGGCGGAGCGGCCGCGGCGCCCACGGCGGCUACUGGGGCUGCGGGUCCAGGUGUUGCUCCAGGCGCAGGCGGCGGCGGCGGCGAAGGGAACGACGCGGUUGCGGGCGCGGUGGUGCCUGGGGCGGCGACGGA